CGCUUAAACUUGGCGUACUUGAACGAUCAAUUUGUUUCCAAUUGUUCCGACGAUCACGUUUUAACUAAAGAAUAUUCCGUACAAACAUUAAUGAUUCACUAUGACUGAUAAUAAUUCUGAUUCUCAAAGUAUUAAUUUCUUUCGAAGAACUGCAGUUGCCUUUCUUGAAACGUUGAAAAAUAAUAAAGAGUCUGAAGCUGUUGCUUGUUCCAAUAAAAUAUUUGAUAACUUUAUAGACUUUACAUCAUCUGAAGAAUACAAGAAUAAUCAACCUGAUCAUGGUGCUGAUUACACUCCAAAAUCUGGAUUGACAGAUGAAUUUCUUCUCGAUUUUCCAACAAACUCUACGAGAUCAAUCACCGAUGAAGACGCACAGAUGUUUGCAGGAUUGUUCAAGAGAGAUAAACCAUCAAUUAAAAACGAUGAUCUUGUGCUUGAAGUAAUUCCACCAUUUAAAAAUCCUUCAGUUGUAAAACAAAAAUCACAAUCAACUUCUAACUCAUUCAUGUUCAAGAAAAAAGAAUCUUUCGAACCUUCUCAAAGAUCUUCAAAUAAAAUAUUGGCACAAAAUCAAGAGCCUGUGAAUUAUAGUGAGGUUUUUUCAAAAAUAUUUCGCCCCAACAAACCUGAAACAGAAAAAUCUACAAAAAGUGAACAGGAAACUCCAAAAGCUUUUUAUCCUGAUUUUGAAUCAGCUCGUCAAAUACAUGUGAUCCAAAAUCGUAAAAGAGGCAUUCAAGAUGAAGAUAAUCCAAGAAAUUCCAAAAUUCCAUCAAAUUUCAAUCACAAAAAUGAAAAACUAAGCGAUAAUUCACAUACUAAGACACUUGGACUUAGGAUGUCAAUGAAUUCUCAAUUUAAGCCACCAUUUAAGAAGAAAGAAGCUGAAAAAAUGGAAAUUGACAAUGAAAACGAAGCAGAGAUGGUGGACGAUCCUCGACUGAAAGGAAUUGAACCGAAAAUUUUAGACUCAAUUAAACGAGAAGUCAUCGAUACAACAAAGAAAGUUCAAUGGAGCGACAUUGCUGGACUAAUUAAAGCAAAACAAACGAUUCAAGAAGCUGUUGUAUUGCCAUUGCUUCGUCCUGAAAUCUUUCAGGGUUUACGAACAAUUCCAAAAGGAAUUUUACUCUUUGGACCUCCAGGCACUGGAAAAACACUCAUCGGCAAAUGUGUUGCAACACAUGCUCGUGCAACAUUCUUCAGUAUCUCAGCAUCUUCAUUAACUUCGAAAUGGAUUGGUGAAGGGGAAAAGAUGGUCAAAGCUCUUUUUCUUUAUGCUCGUGUGAAACAACCAUCAGUAAUUUUUAUUGAUGAAAUUGACUCGCUUUUAUCAAAAAGAUCAGAGAGUGAGCAUGAAUCAAGUCGUCGCAUGAAAACUGAAUUUCUUGUUCAACUUGACGGUGCUCAUACUAAUGACAAAGACAGAAUUUUACUUAUUGGCGCCACAAAUCGACCACAGGAACUUGAUGAUGCGGCUAGACGUCGCUUUACAAGACGUUUAUACAUUCCACUUCCAGAAUUCCAAGCUCGUCAUGAACUUCUCGUUAACUUAGUCAGCAUGAACGACAACAAUUUAAGUGAUUAUGAUAUUAAUGAAAUAACAAACUCCACUGAAGGUUACUCGGGAGCUGAUAUAAAAGAGUUAUGUUCAGAAGCUUCUAUGCAACCAAUUAGAGAGUUGAGUCAGACCCAAAUCCUUGACAUAACAAUUUCAAAGAUUCGUGCAAUGAACAUCAACGAUUUUCGUAGAAGCUUGAAGCACGUUAAAGCUUCAGUUUCCAUGGAAGACUUGCAACAAUACAUUGAUUGGAAUGAAAGAUUCGGUUCAACAGCGUAAUGAGAAAUUACGACAAAAACUUGAGGGUUGACAACACAAUUUCAAUAGUUUAUGAAUUAAAUAAUUUGUUGAUCAAAAUAAAAUCAAUUUUUCCUACGCAUUUAUGUUGUGAUUAACGAAAAAAAGUGAAUUAAAUUCAACUUGCGUAACCUCAUGGCAUGAAUUGUUAAACAUUCAUACAAACGUCAUUUCCCUCCGGGGAAUUUUUUUACUCGAUGUCUAACCAAUAAAGAAGAACAACUUUUAAUUAAUUUUA